AAAAUGCAGCUCAUUCUCUUGGUCGUGUGAAAAGCCCAGGGUUGCAGCAUUGUUCACUUUUCUUUUAAUAAUAAAAAUCAUACACACUUUACAUUUUUUUCUCAUUUAAGUAUUUCUGAGGCAGGUUGCAUGCAUUGUUUGUCUCCAAAAAUGGUUUGCGAGACUAAAAUCAUUGCAGAUGAACAUUCCAUACCGGGGACCGAGAAAGAUUCCAUUAUCGUGUCUACUUCUCAAAUGUGGACGUCUUCGUCAUUAUCUCCGAACAGUCUCGAGGAAAACCUGAAAAAAGAUACCGUUUCUAUCCGCGAGUUUGAGCUCACUGACCACGAGGAUGUUCGCCGCAUCUUUUAUGAUGGGAUAAUGGAGAGAAUACCUAAUACGGCAUUUCGGGGCUUAAAACAACAAACCAAAACGCAAAUUAUAUAUACAUUCAUAACAAUGAUGUGCUUUGUUGUGACCAAGUCCGUGGCGCUGACCUGCUGCGCGCCCGUCCUUCUAAUGGGCGCGAGGUACUACUUUAGUAAGAAAGUUAUCCACAGCUUUCUCGACUGCGCACUACACACGGACAUGUCUGACAUUGAGCAGUAUUACAUGAAACCCGCAGGCUCCUGCUUCUGGGUGGCAGUCCUGGAGGGCAAGGUUGUUGGCAUUGUGGGGGCCCAGGGCAACGAGGAGGACAACACGGUGGAGCUGCGCCGCAUGUCUGUGGACUCGCGCUACCGUGGCAAAGGCAUUGCCAAGGCCCUGGGCCGCAAAGUGCUGGAGUUCGCCAUGCUCAACAACUACUCGGCCAUCGUUCUGGGCACCACUGCGGUCAAGCUGGCCGCACACAAGCUGUAUGAGUCCCUGGGCUUCCAGCACAUGGGUGUCACAGAAGAGUACACGCUGCCGGGGAUGAGCCACUCCUUCGUGGAGAGAAUGUUUUUUCAGCUUCGCUACCACCGCUACCGCCUGCAGCUGCACGAAGAAUAAUUGUCCUUUUCUUUUUUGUCUCCCCCCAACCCACCACCCACCCCCAAAAUACACUUCUUGUUAUUGAUAUGAUUGUUGCGUUAGCCGAUCAAGCCCCCCACUCCCAACUCCAACUUCACUCACAUCCCAUAACCCCCCACUCACACAUCUCUAAUUUGUAUUGGGUUGCACGGUACACAAAGGAGAAUAGGAUUGCCCCACCCUUGCUGUAGAAAGGUGGUGCCACUGGUUCCAGCAGCACUUUGGCCCUCCUCGUGAUGUAUGAUAACUCGGUACUUCAGCAUGACUGAUCGGGUGCUGCUUAUUCGCCUGUCCCUUUGUUUACAUACAGAGAUACAGAGAUACCCAUAUACUUAAGCACAGCAACUAGUAUUGACAACCUGGUAAAUACAGCAGAGUGCAUUUCUGUUUCCACUGUCUCUCACAACAACAAAAUAGAUUCAUACAGUAAAAUAUAUUUUUUUAAAUCCUUGUUUAUUAAUGUCAGUUGAUAAACUUUUUGUAUUUUUUUUAAUAAUAUUAUUUACAUUUGUUCUUUUAAAACACCAUGUGGCAAAUGUUCAGCCUGCUGUCCUGCAUGGGAGCCAGAGUGUUUGCUCACACGCAGCACUGCCAUCAAGGCAAUGAUUUUUUUGCACUUUCUUUUGGAUGUGUCGUCUUCUGCCAAACUACCGAAAAUAAAAAUAUAAAUACAUAUAAAAUAAUAAAAAAAUCCUGGUGCAUCCAAAAAAGUACCCCUUUGAAUUAUCUCCAUUCCCAUUGUUUUUACAAGCCAGCAAGGGAGAGACAAUAAACCUCUGAGCUCAUUUUGUUACAUAUUGUAAAAGAGAAGUAUAAACUUUUAAAAUAUUUGAUUUCCUUGCCUUGUCUCUCAUGCGCAUUAAUCUGCAACCCUGGGCCAGACCUCUGCAUGUGCAUUGGAGUCUGUACUCUGCUGCUGUUUUUAGUUCUUUGCUUGUGCUGAGAAUGAUGUCAUUGGAGCAGGCAGGUGGUUUCAGUUUCCGUGGUGACACAUUUACACAUUAAUGUGUGCAGCUUGUGUGCAAAGCCAAAAACAGAGACAGUCAUUGGUUUUCAGGAUGAAUAGAGCUUAAUGUGUUAGCUGCCAGUUAAGACAAAAAGUAAAUAAAUAAUAUCAGUAAAUGUGUAAAAUGUCCUGGCUGCAGCCUUUGCUUGAAAAACAAUUAACUGCUUUAAUGACAUCAUACCUUUUAAAUGUAGAAUGCAAAAGCAAUGCAAUGCAAAACUGGCAUGUGUACCGUGCCUGCCUUUUUAUAAAGAACAACAAGAGGAGGAAGAAAAAGAACAAAUAUAUAAGCUUUUUUAUCCUAAAAUAUAAAUCUGUGUGUUAUGUGCUCAAAGGAAUAACUGUUUUGCAUGAAAUGUGUCUUAGAGGGAAGAAAACUAAAACAAAAGAAAAAAAAGAAGAAAGUCUUACAUUUACGUAAAAUAAAUGUUAUAAUUUAUUGAAUGCAUUUUGGUCAUGCUACUGUAAGGGUGGGGUGUGGCUGCAUACGGGGGAUGGAAAUGAUACCUCAUAUCAUUUUGUACAUUUCACUUGGUGUACAGAAGUGCCCUUACCAAAAGAAAAAAAAAAAACCACAGGUAUAUGGAAAUCCUCUCCCAGUCCUGGUACCCACAUGUGGUACACAUCAGAUCUGCAAACCACAUUCAAUACACCAGAUCCACGGGUGGUUUCUUUCUGGUAAAGUCACUGAAAAAAACACUGCAUUUUGGAUUCAUUGAAAGAUGAACAAGAGUCUUAUAAAAAUGCACCAUACUAAAUGCAACAACUGGAUUUAGUAGAUAAAAAUACCAAACAUCAGCCGAUAUAUCAACAGUAUAUACAAAAAAAGAAUUAUUAAAGAAGCAGCAACAAAACUAGUGAAAUAUUUUCAUCAUAGAAGACAUGCAGUUAGAAGAUAUUGCUUAACAGAAGUUGUAGACAUAUUAAGUAUUGAAUUGAACUGCAUUUCUUGAGUUGAGAUUGCAAUAAAAACGAUGGGUUCAAUCAUAAGUAUUAAAUAUGCAACUGAUACAAAUCCAUGUGUUUUGGUAUGGUACAUCUUUGUAUGGAUUUUUUUUUUAAAUCAACAAAACAAUCUGAACCAAAUUAAUUUCUGAGAGAAUUUUUGGUGGCUAAAACUUUGUUAUUCCAUGCUUUUGUGUGUGUGUGUGUGUGCGUGCUAGCCAUUGCAAAUUGACUACAGUAUCUGAAUCUAAAGCUGAGGGAACACAAAGCCACUGUGGCUUGGAACUUGCUUUCAGGAAACUAGGUUGCAAGCCACUGCAUGGUACACCAGGGAAGGCUUGGGGUUUGACACAGCAAAUGUGCCACAAACUAUGUCUCCUGAAACCAGCUUUCAAGGUUCGUGAAAAGGUGGCUUCAUGUCCCUCAUCUUUAAAGGGCACAACAUUAUAGUAAGAACAUUGUUCAAGGUUGAAUCCUAUUGUUGAACUUUUGAUACCAACUAGCUUUGAUGUAGCUAGUAUUUAAGGCAAAAAACAAUUGGUGGUGUUUUUGAUUGAUAAAAAUGUCUUAAUAGAAAGGUAUCAUGAAAUUACCUUAACCAGUAACAGUAAUAUUCAGUAAAUGGAGAAGUAGUGUUUACUAUUGUUAUAUAGAUUUUUUUUAAGUAAUUUUGAAGACAAAGGGCCACAUCAGAAACACCACUGUCGUUUCAGUGCUUUGAGACAGCAGUUAAACUAGCAUUAACACUCAAUCGUUGAUUCUGAACAUGGCUCUUACGGCAGGAGGCUGUGGUCCAGCGGUUAAAGAAAAGGGCUUGUAACCAGGAGGUCCCCGGUUCAAAUCCCACCUCAGCCACUGACUCAUGGUGUGACCCUGAGCAAGUCACUUAACCUCCUGGUGCUCCGUCUUUCGGGUGAGACGUAGUUGUAAGUGACUCUGCAGCUGAUGCAUAGUUCACACACCCUAGUCUCUGUAAGUCGCCUUGGAUAAAGGCGUCUGCUAAAUAAACAAAUAAUAGUAUUCAUAAA